AUGAGCGACGAAGGAUACCCGUCCUCCUCGUGGGAGAAUGCCGACGGCUCCGAAUCUCACCACACUCACACCCACAACGUCUACAGCCGCUCCCCACUCGCACAGAUACAGCCGCUCGGCGUCUCUGCAGACUCUCUUAACUUCGUACCGCCUACGCCCACAAAAUCUACCUCACCCCCUCGCUCGAGCGUAGAAUCACCGCGCAGACAAUCCGAGUCCAGAUGGCGUGAAGGCGCGCUUCCGGCGACUGUGGAAUAUCUCGACAAUGCAACCGCGGACAGUGCCACUCUGGUAGAAGCCAGCUUCGACGAGAACGUGCUACGAGCUCUUUGUGAACUUGAUUGCGGUGUUCCACUGUUACUUGACCGGAUAAAGCAGAGCAUGGUUUCGUGCAGGGAAGCAUCCGUUUUCUUCAAGAAACGCGCGCUGCUGGAAGAGGAAUACGGGAGAAAUAUGCAAAAGCUCGCGAAGAGCACAUCUGAGGCAUAUGCGGCGAAUGACGGGAAGGCUGGGUCCUUCGUUAGCGCCUGGCAUCAGACGAUGAAGAACCAUGAGGUCUUGGCAGAGAACCGCCUUCGUUUUGCGCAGCGCCUGAACGAGAUGAGCGAAGAGCUUGCUACUCUCGCUAAGGAGGUAGAUAAGAACCGGAAACAGACCAAAGAGCUCGCCAACCGAUACGAACGCACUCUCCAAGACUCGGAAAUAGCGACGGAGAAGAUUAAGAACAAAUUUGACGUUACCGCGGAAGAGCUGGAGCGUUUGUUGUUGCAGAAGGAGGGAGAAUCUGACCGGGAGGCCGUGCAGGGUCGUUCACGCGGGGGUGCAGGAGGAAAGCGGGCGAUAGGGAAGGCCGUUGCGAAGGGAGGUCUUCUUCUGAAGGGACGCAACCCGGGCAAUAUUCAAAAGCAAGAAGAUGACGUCCGAGCACGCAUGUCCAAUACGUCAGAUACGUACCGCAAGAUGGUCACUGAGACUCAAACGAUCCGGCAAGAGUACUUCAAUUUCCAGUUGCCUCGAAUCUUGCGCGCUCUCAAAGAGUGCGUGGACGAGAUCGACUUAGGAACGCAGUACCAUCUCUCUCGGUACGCGUUCCUAUACGAGAACAUCGUCUUGAGUGACGGGACGACGCUCGCGCCGCCCGACGACACGUCCUCGGGUCUUAAGUCGAUCAUUGAGUCCAUCGAUAAUCGUUCGGACUUCAAGACUUACAUGCAGAACUAUGCGUUCGCUCAUGGUGGCGCUAACAACCGUGGACCUCGCCGAGACGGGCCCCGAGAAGAAGGAUACCUUCCACCUAUUCCGGCCCUGAGCUCUCACCCCCCUACCGCCCAGGCUAACACCAGCGUGCACGUCGCGGACAGAGGGCGGCCGACGUUUGGCGUUGAUCUCGCAGAACAAAUGGCGCGCGACGGCGAGGACUUGCCCCCCAUCAUGGUCAAGUGCUGUCAGGCCAUCGAGAAAUAUGGACUGCAGUCACAGGGUAUAUACAGGAUAGGUGGGUCAGUGAGCAAGAUCGCGAAGUUGAAGGAGCGGCUGGACCGAGACCUCGAUUCGGUGGAUCUCGAUGCUGAAGAGUGGAGUUCUGACAUCAGCAACGUAACGAGUGUGCUCAAGAUGUGGCUGCGAGAGCUACCGGAGCCCCUUCUCACUUACAGUCUCUAUAAGAGCUUCCUAGAUGCUGCGAGGAACGAGAACGAGCGACUACGACACAUCCGGUUGCAUGAGCGCGUUAACGAUCUGCCCGAUCCGAACUACGCCACACUAAAGUAUUUUAUGGGCCAUCUUCAUAAAGUGGCCCAGCACGAGUCCGAGAAUGCCAUGUCGAUACAAAAUCUUGCCAUUGUAUUCGGUCCGACACUAUUCGGGCAGAGCCAGACUGGCACGAACGGCCAAAUGGACAGUGGGCCCGCCAUGGCAGACGCGCCAAUCCAGAACAAGGCCGUCGAGACGAUCCUAGAGCACUAUGUCGACAUUUUCGUGGACGAGAACGAGACGGCAUAG